CUUGACCGCCUCGUUAUGACAUCGCUAGAAAGCGCUAUGAAGACGCUUAUGAGCUCGAUUUCAUCCCGUUCGAUUCCUAAGGAGGAACUUGACGCGCUAGUGCAGCAAGCAUUGGAGGAGACAGGCGGGGAGGACGGGCGCGAGACACGGAAAGCGCGGUGGGAGUUCCGGUUGAAGGAGGAGAUACUCAAACUCGCAGCGACAGAAGGAGAGGCUUUGAAGAAUCCGAAUACCGACUAUUAUGACCGACUACGGGACCGUUUGGACUUGGUGCUGACCUUCACCGAGCUAGAUGCUUGUGAACAGACAUUCCCAGUAACAGUCCUGCAAGACCUUCUGGACACGCAGACAAUCCGCUCGUGCUCCCGAAUCUUCUCAUGGAUCGAAGAGCGCGCAGACCGACUUACAAAGGACAUGGUUCCCCAGAAAGCCAAAGCACUCAUCCUCCUGCGCGCUCUGAAUGACCUCCUGCGACGACUGUCGAAAAUGGGGAACACGACAGUCUUCUGUGGCCGCAUCCUGACGUUUCUGAGCGGGAUAUUCCCCUUGGGCGAGCGGAGUGGCGUCAAUCUCCGGGGUGAUUAUGGUCCCAUGUGGGACGGCCCGGGGUUGAAGAAGGAUCAGCAGCCCGAGACAAAGGAAGAGGAGAGGGAAGGGGUGGCGCCGCCUGCGGAGGAUAAGAUGCAGGUGGAUGAGCCGGAGGCGCGGAAGCAGGAGGAGCAAAGUGUUGACUUCUACUCGUUAUUCUGGUCGCUGCAACGCCCGUUCUCCCGCCCUCCUUUGUUCGUGAACCCGGAGACCCUUCCGUCGUUCAAGAGUGCGGUAGAGAAGGUGCUUCCUGUGAUCAAGGAGGCGACCAGCAAGGAGCGGGCUAUGAUGGGCAGCAGGUCGAGCGACGCGAACGGGGCCUCUAGGUCCCUGAAACGGAAACGGGUGCCGGAGCCGGGUGAAGAGACUAGCAAGGUUUCGAGGGAAUACUUCUUCGCCAAGUACCUGACGAGUCCUGAGUUGCUCGAGCUCGAGAUUGCAGACACACAUUUCCGUCGGCAAUUCCUGUUCCAACUGCUAAUCCUACUGCACUACCUAUUAUCCUUUACCAGAUCCGCCAAGUCAUCGUGGAUGUCCCUCAAGAACCGCUCCCUCCAACUGGACUUCACACUUGACGAGGAGAACGCGAAAUGGGUGCAGACGACUAUCGACACGGUCACGCGCGACUUCCUCCCCUCCACCUUCCCGAACGGCGUCCUCUUCCGCGAUACCGUCAAGACGAUACUCGAGCGCGAGAAGAACUGGGUCGACUGGAAGAACAAGCUGUGCCCCGUGUUCGACAAAGAGCCUUGGUCGGCACUGGUGGACGGAAGGAAGGUGGGUUUGGAGGAGUUCACGAAGCCGAUGAGGGAGAAGAUGAGGGAGGAACCGCCGGAAUGGGAACACAAACUGGGGUCGGCGCCGCUGACGGAGAUUUGGGCGAUGGGAUACCGAGACCUCAGAGAUUUAGAGCGAAGCCCGGACCCCGGCUCCAUCGACACGUACGCCAGCAAGAUCAAGAUGGAAGAUAGACGCAUCGAGAUGCGUAGGCAGACGCUGGCGCGGGCCGCCGAACGACUCGCGCAGGCUAGGGCCAAAGCGAAUACGCCAGUACCUCCAGUGAAAGACGCGAACGGGGCUGCGCCCGCUGUGCCAGCGCAGGAAGAUGCGGGACGGUCAACGCCGGGCAAUGCUGCCAGUCCGCCGCUUCACCACCCGUUGCCUCCCAAACCGGGCACUACGUCCAUGGAAUCUCCCGCCCCCGCUGCGCCGGCGAUUGUCGCGCCCGUUCCGAACCCACCGGCUGUGCCGCCCGUAAGGGUGGACGUACCUGCAUCUCCUGCACCGGAUCCUAUUCCCAUUAAUGAUGACCAGAUCAAUAAGUUCGAGGAGAACAAACAUCGCUGGGCUUGGCUCUGUCUGCGCAUCGCGCGCGAAGAGUACCUUGACCAGUUUGGGAAGAUUGGGACGGGGGAUGUCCUGGCUCUCGAACGGGAAAUCAAGAAGGCACUGGCGGAGAAGGCGAACCCCAAGCCUCAGAAAGAUGAUGCCGAACAGCAUGCACCUACUGGGACGACCGGGGAACAGGACCGCGGCACGAGCCCAUCUGCGUCCAAUCUGAAGGUUCCCCCAGCUGAGGGGGACGUCCAGAUGAGUGGCACUCCGGAGGUUGAGGGUGACGUUAAGAUGGAGGAGCGGUAGCGUUUGUCGGUAAUGACUACUAUUGCUGAUAGGAUCGGACAAUUUGUAGGAUCUCUUGAGCUUCGCGUGUACUCCC